AUGACGGCAAUCUACAUCAAGGACCGUCUGCCGUCGCCUAAAGUCGUGCACAAGACUCCGUUCGAGAUCGUCCACAACUCCAAGCCAAGUGUCAAGCACAUGCGGGUGUUCGGUUGUCAGGUUUACAUACUGACACCGAAGGAGAAGCGGCUCAAGUGGGACCCCAAGGCUCGCACUGGGAUAUUCUUGGGCUACGAAGAAGCAUCCAAAGCGUACCGCGUUUAUGACAUCGAGGCGGGGCAGGUGGUCAUCAGUCGCGAUGUCAACUUUGACGAGUCCGCCUUUGGACUUUCGCCGCCAAUUACCGCUGAACAUGCCGAUGACAUUGACUUCGACUCCCUCGAUCUGGAUGAUGAAGCGCCAGGUCAAGCGCAGUACAAGAAAACAGGCAAGCGCAAGAAAGAAUCAAGUGCGCCAGACAAUCACACGAUCCACCAAAAAGAAGAUGAAGAAACAAAGAAUGCUGAUGCAUCGACUCCGCCUGUGUUUUGGCGUUCGAGUGCGAACGCCAUCGAAACAGCAGUAGACUUAUCCGAGCCCUCAACAUUUGAAGCUGCGGUGAGCGGUCCUGAUCAAGUGCAUUGGCGCGAAGCUAUCCGUGCGGAACUUGAGUCGAUGCGACUUUGUGAAGUAUUCCGCGCAGCCAAGCUACCUAAAGGACAUCGCGCCAUUGGCACGAAGUGGGUCUUCAAGAUCAAGCGCAAAGCGGACGGAUCAAUUGACAAGUACAAGGCGCGUCUUGUGGCAAAGGGUUUCAAUCAACAAUAUGGGAUGGACUACACGGAAACAUUCUCGCCCGUCGUCAAGUACGUGACGACACGUAUGGUGAUUGCAGUCGCCAAGUAUUUCGAAUGGACCAUCGACCAAAUCGACGUGGUGACGGCAUUCCUGUAUGGUUUCAUGAAGGAACAAGUGUUCUGCGUCAUCCCUGAAGGCGUGGAAUUGGAGGGCUCCUUCGAUUGUCUGGAAUUGGUGAAGGCAAUUUACGGCCUAAAGCAAGCUUUGCGAGUAUGGAACGAGACUUUUGACGAGUUUGUGUGUGCUAUGGAUUUCAAGCGUCAAGCCUCGACCCGUGUCUCUACAUAA